CUACGCUACACAAUGCGCGCGAUUGCACACUCAGUCGUCAGCUUCCUGCUCUCCUUUUCGCUCCCUUCUCUCUCUUCGACACCGCCAUCGCUCGACCUCUCCGGACUCGACCUCGAUCUCGACCCCUCAACACAAGCCGUCCACGUGCACAUCCUUGCUGGCACGCCGCCCAACCCACCCCACGGCAACUUCGACGACGAGAAGUGCUCCCCUGCGCAGGUGACGGCUAUCCGCAAUGGCAUCACCGAUGCGCGCAACAUGGCCGCUGGCGCGAUUGCGCUGCUCACGCCGAAGGAUAUGAACAAGAGCAACGGCUUUUUCUGGAUCUUUGGCGGCUCGACCGUUAAUCCCGCGCUAAUCACGAAGCACUUCUCGUUUGUCCUGAAGCUUGGCGCGCCUGACGAGAUUGCGUCGACGAAGAUGUAUGAGGGCAGCAAGACGGACCUCAUCUUCACGUGUAUCCCGCCGACUGCGCCGAAAGCUGCGGCUGCUUAUGCAAACACGAUCAACGUCGGCAGAAUGAAAGAGGUGCUAAACCUCAUUCGGCUGUCUCCCACAGGACUCGCAAACCUCGAGUCUUACACAGUUGCCGCCGCACGCAUUCAUGCGUCGGGCCAAAUCACGGACGGCUUCCCUGUGAUGCAGGUUGGCACGUUUGGGCAGGUGCCCGCACCACCGCUAGCCUUCACGAUCGUGCAUGAGGUGCAACAUUCCGAUCCGCUGCUGGACGAUCCCACGCUUGACCACCUGAUCGACGAGCGCGGCGGCAGCGGGAACCGCGCGUACGGCUUCCAGCAGAUCAUGCACGAGCUGUCGCUCGAGCAGAAAAAGCGGAAUCCGCAGAAUUAUGCAUUCUUCGGGCUACUGGCCCAAUCGAACCCAGAGCUGUUCGUUCCGAACUGCUACAUCGGGGACGCGCCGCUGAGCGGAACACCGCUAUCAAUCGCGGGCCGGAUCGGAAUGCCACCGCCGGUGGGUCAGAUGCCGAUGGCGCCGGACACGUGCCACACCAAGGUCCCCGGCGCGUGCGCGGCGUGCAAGAAGAUCAUCAAGGGCAUCCCCGGGGACGUCAGGCUGCCCAACUUCGACCCCGACUCGUCCAUAGUAGACCAUAUUCGCAACCCCUCGGCAAAGGCAUAUUCUCGUUUUUGA